AUGUAUGCCGCAUAUUCGUACGAAAACGUGAGAGAUGACGAGUUAUCCUUCCACAAGGGUGAAUGUUUACGGGUGCUCGAACGCGACGGUGAGGAACGAUCCUGGUGGCUGUGUGAACGGAUCAGCAGGGGCGCGCAAGAUUCUGACUCUGACUCUUCUGCGCAAAGACGAGGUCUUGUUCCUCGAAACUACCUGUCCUUAUAUCCAACACUUUCGGAUCGUUCCGAUAGCUUCACCAUGUUCGAUCUACCAACUGUCACAUCAUCCGUGGAUGGUGGAGGAAAUUCCGCGAAUAAAUCCUUGCAAGAAACCAAUUCUGUGAAUAUCAUCAACCAUAACAAUGUCAUAAAUAUUGUUGACUGUGAAGAUAAUAACAAUAACAAUAAGAAUACUAAUAAUAACCUUUCGACGAAUGUAAUCAAAAUCGAUUUGAAUGAUCAAAUGUGUAAUUCUGAAAACGAACAAAUUCCUCCCGCUCUAUUGUCUGUUUCCUGA